UCCAUUUGCCCAACUUAGUACAGUGAAGUUCCUCAGUCCUUAGUUAGUCCCAUCACCCAGAUCAAACUGACUCAGUUUUCUACACCAACAGCAGCAACACGCAAACUACACCUACGAUUAGGGUUUCCGCCAUUCCCCAAAUAUCCAUCUUUCAAAAAUUAGGGAUUCUUCGGCCAUGACGGACGGCUAUUGGAAUCGGCAACAGGCGCUUCUCCCCCACUCCGGCAUGCUCAAGCGACCGCGUUCGGAAUAUGAUAUGCCAGCUUCUGGUCUGUCUUCAGGUAAUGAGAUUCAUAAUUAUAUUGCUCGUGAUGAUGACCGUACUGUUCACCGAAUGCUAAAGGACACAAAAACAAUUGGAACUGCUUAUGACCGCUACCUUCAGAGUGGGCAGGUUUCUUCAUUUGCCUCUGGGGAAGCCAGUACUGUUGGUGGUAUUGGGUUGGCUAGGGGUGGUGGUGGGGGAUUACCAGGCCAUUCACUAGCUGAUCCUGCUGUUUUGGGGCGUCAUGGAGGUGCUGGUCCAGAUCUACCACCAAAUGGACGGGGUGUUAAUUAUGGUGGUCAGCUACCUGUAGAUGCCGUUUCCAGGCCUGGACCUGAGACGGUACCUCUACCUCCAGAUGCUUCUAGCACUUUGUAUGUUGAAGGUCUUCCAUCUGAUAGCACAAGAAGAGAAGUGGCUCAUAUUUUCCGCCCCUUUGUUGGAUAUAGAGAAGUGAGACUUGUGAGCAAAGAAUCCAAACAUCGGGGUGGAGACCCUUUAAUCCUUUGUUUUGUGGACUUUGCAAAUCCAGCUUGUGCAGCAACUGCUAUGAGUGCCUUGCAAGGUUAUAAAGUUGAUGAACUCAGCCCUGAGUCCAGUCACUUGCGGCUUCAGUUUUCUCGGUAUCCUGGUCCAAGAAGUGGACCUGCAUCUCGAGGUAAAAGAUGAGGUUGUUCUGAUAGGCCAUUUAUGUGUUAUGCUCAUCUGAAUGUGGAUGGUUCUUUAUACCAUGUAUUGGGGGCGAUACUCCAUAUGCUGUUUUAUUUGUUCCCUCCGGAUAUUAGGGCAUUUUAAAUACAUAUAGGCUGAGAUCAGAGUACAAUUUCAAUUAGAAAAAAGUCUAACAAAUUCGGAUUUUAGUACAUGUAUUCAAUUACUCUGCUGUAUCAUUAUUUGUUAAAUUUAGUAUAUUAACAGAUCUAUGGUAGCG